AUGGCGCCUCUCAUCCUCCACAAUGUUCCCGACGAGGAACUCUACAUCGGCGACGACGGCAUAAAGCGCCCCUACGCCAUGGUCUUCCCACAACAAGAUGGCCUCCCCGGUGCUAGAAACCGCCGCGGCGCCCCAGAGACGGGCUCCUUCGGCAAGUCCACACGCCGCUCCCGCUCCCGCACAGGGACACCCGCCCGCCGCGAGAACCCAACCGUCGCAGCCGCCGACAAGAUCUUUGGCGACUGGAUCUCCUCCCAAGCGAACGUCACCGCCCUCAACACAGCCGCCAACGCAGGCACCUCAUCACAACAACCAGGUACAACCACCAGCUCCUCCGCCGCCGUCGGCACCCAACGCAAAACCUCAGGCCUCUCACAAGCGCCCCUCCUAGCCUCCGAAGAAGCUCCCACCGCCGCCGCAGCCGGCCCCCGCCUCGCCCGCCGCGAGCCCACCGAAGUCAUCCUGCGCGGCUACCGCUCCCCCUCCCAGCAGUACGCCGCCCUCGCCCACUACGAGCAGCUCGCCGGCCUCAUCUGCGAAGACUACCCCCGCGAGCCCCCCCUCGAGCAGCGCCGCUACAAGUCAGAGCUCCGCGACCCGGCCUUCACCCGCCGCCGCGUCCUCACCCCCGAGGAGCGGGCAAAGGUCAACCGCGCCGACGGCGGCGAGCACUGGGUCAAGGUCACCUUCGAGUCCGCCGACGCCGCGGACGCCGCGUGCUACGCCAGCCCCCAGCGCGUCAACGGCUACCUCGUCUACGCGGAGCCCUACAGCGGCUUCCCCCCGGUCCGCGAUGAGCCUAUCCCCGAUGUCGACUCCCUCGUGCCCACCCACGACGACCUGCACCGCUCCCAGUCCGUACCCGCAGGCACGUUCGGCAGCCAUGCCACACCUCGCAAGCGUCUCCAGAAGCCGAGCAACCCCUUCGCCGCGAACGCCCGCACCAUGUCCGACCUCUCCCCGCCCACGUCCCUCACCUCCUCCAACACGAUGGACACCGCGACAAUGUCAAACAUGUCCUCCGCCACGGUGACCAUGACCGACGCCCCGCCCCUCGAGCCCUCCUCGUCCACGUCCCAGUCCACCGCCGUCCUGCAGAUGACGACUGAAGACAGUCUCUACUGCCGCCGCAUCCCCACCGCCCGGCGCGCCCGGCUCCUGCCCGCCGAGCAGGCCCUGCUCCCGCAGCAGAGCUACGCCCAGCGCCUCGUCAACGCCGUGCCCUUCCUCAAGUGGUUCAGCGGCUCCAUGAUCGGCAACGAGGUCCCGCGCACCGACACGGGCGAGUUCGACUGGAACCGCGCCAGCCUGUACUGGAAGGUCAUCUGCUGGCUUGACGCGACGUUUGGGCUAUUUGGCGGCGAGAUCCUGACCGCCGACAAGGACGACUAG